AGUUCCUCUUCCUCAGGCACUGCCAGUAAGACAUCCUUAUGACAGGACGCAGAAACCAGCCUGCCUAGGUCACACAUUUUGUGUAUGUAUGUGUUUGGGACAGAGGCCAAUCAUCUGCACACUUGUGGCAACUGGAAGAGACCAUGAAUCCCUUUCUUAGAGUCCUGCUGUAUCUUGGACUGAGUCUGGACUCAGGAUCCCAGUACUGGCAGGGGCUCUCUCUAAACCUACACUGUGGGCAGUGCCAAGAAAUGUGGUAGCCAUUGGGAACCAGGUGACAUUCUUCUGUGAAGGGCCCUUAGAGGUCAAUGAGUAUGUUCUCUACAAAGAAGGAAGUCCAGAGUACCCAAUACCAACACUUCUAGAAACUGAAAACAAAGCCACAUUCUCCAUCUCAUCGGUUGAAUGGAACUAUGCAGGCCGAUAUUGGUGUGAAUAUAAAAACAAUAAUGGUACGUCAGAAAGAAGUGACUUCCUGGAGCUGGUGGUGACAGGAUGCUACUCAACCAAAGUCACCUUGUCUGCCAUUUCCAGUGCUGUGGUGACCUCAGGAGGGCACGUGACCCUUCAGUGUGUCUCACAACAGGCAUAUAACAUGUUUAUUCUAAUGAAGGAAGAUGAGAAGUUGUCCAGGCCUUUGCCCUCACAGAAUAUACACCCUGAGCUAUUUGGAGCCCUGUUCACUCUGGGUCCUGUGACCCCCAACCAGAGGUGGAGGUUCACAUGCUAUGGGUUUUACUUGAGCAUCCCCCAGGCAUGGUCAGUGCCCAGUAACCACCUAGAGCUCCUGGUCUCAGGGAUCCUUCCUAAACCCACCAUCUGGGCUCACCCUGGCUCUGUGAUCCCCUCAGGGAGUCCUGUUACCAUCAGGUGUCAGGCAACCCUGGGAGCCCAAAAGUAUGUGAUAUAUAAAGAGGGAAGCCAAGAGCCCUGGGUCCAACAGACUCAAACAGACAACAGCACCGAGGCAAAACUCACCAUUCCAUCUGCGACACAAGUGCAGGCAGGCCGGUAUCACUGUUACACCUACACCUCUGCGGGAUGGUCACAGCACAGUGACCCCUUAGAGCUGGUGGUGACAGGAGUCUACAACAAACCCACCCUGUCAGCCACACAAAAUCCUGUGAUAAACUUAGGAGGGUUUGUGACCCUCUCCUGUACCUCAAGCCAGAGAUAUGACUGGUUUGUUUUAACAAAGAAUGGUCAGAUUUUCUCCAUCCCUCAGAGCUCAAGAUACACACAAGCUGGGAUGUUCCUGGCUGAGUUUCCAGUGGGUCCAGUGACCUCUAGCCAGAGGUGGAGGUUCAGAUGCUAUGGCUAUUACAUAAAUAAUCCUCAGGUGUGGUCAGAAGGGAGCGAGGUCCUGGAGCUCCUGGUCUCAGGGAACCUUCAGAAACCCAUCUUGUGGGCUGAACCAUGUUCUGUGAUUACCUCUGGAAAUGUUGUGUCCAUCUGGUGUGAGGGGUCCAAGGAAACCCAAAUAUAUUUCCUGUAUAAAGAAGGAAGCUCAGCACCCUGGGACAGUCAAACUCCCAAAGGUCCUGGUAACAAGGCCAUGUUCUCCAUAGCAUCCAUUGAAAAGCAUCAUGCAGGACAAUAUCGCUGUUACUCUUACAAAUCUACAGGCUGGACAGAGCACAGUGACCCCCUGGAGCUGGUGGUGACAGGUGUCCACCAUGGCAAAACUAGUCUGUCAGCUUUUCCCAGCCCUGUGGUGACCUCAGGUGAAAAUGUGACCCUUCAGUGUGUCUCAUCUAAAGGAUAUGAUACAUUCAUUUUGACUGGGGAAGAUCUGAAGUUCUCCAUGUUCCAAAAGGCACAGCUCAUACAUACCGGACAGUCCCUAGCUCUGUUUCCUGAGAUCUCCAUAAUAUCCAGCAAGAAUGGUCCCUUCAGAUGUUACGGAUAUUAUAUAAAUAACUCUCUUGUGUGGUCAGAGUCUAGUAACCCUCUGGAGAUACAUGUCUCAGGCCUGUCAGGGAAGCCCUCCCUGGUGACCGAACAUGGCCCUGUCCUGGGCCCUGGAGAAAACCUGACCCUUCAGUGUUCCUCUGAGAUAAGUUAUGACCGAUUUGUUCUGUCCAAGGAAGGGGAAAGUGACCUCCACCAGGUCUCUGUUCAUCAGUCUCAAGCUGGAUAUUUUCAUGCCAACUUCACCCUAGGUUUUAUGAAUUUUUCCACUGGAGGCCGGUAUAGAUGCUAUGGUUCUUAUAACUUCUCAGACUGGUCAGCCCCCAGUGAUUCUCUGGACAUCCUCAUCACAGGACAUCCUCCUGUCAUACCCAAUCUCUCAGUGUAUCCAGGCACUAUUGUGUCCUCAGGAGAGAAUGUGACCCUGCUGUGUCAAUCAUCAGUUCCAGUGGACACAUUUUUUCUGUUCAAGGAAGGUGCAGUCCAUCCCUACAUGCAACAAAGAGCAAAGUCUCAAGAUCUACAAUAUAAGGCAGAAUUCUCCAUGAGUGCUAUGACCUCAGCUUGGGGCUCUUACAUAUGCUUUGGUUCUAACAGCUCAUCCCCUUACCUGUUGUCACAUGCCAGUGUUCCUGUGGAGAUCAUAGUCUCAGAAAUGGAAGAAUAUCAAAAGGCUGUGAUUGGUGUCUCUGUGGCCUUAUUCCUCCUGCUCUUCCUCCUCGGCCUCUUCCUUUUCCUCAGACUCAGGCAUCAGAAGAACUACAGGAAGGGGGUGCAGACAAAGACUUACUUGCAACAUCCUGCAGACUCAGCGAACAAGGGCAAAAGCUUCCAGAAGAGAUCCACACCAGCUCCUGCCAUCCAGGAAGAAAUCUUGUAUGCUACUGUGAAGGUCAGACAGCCUGCAGAUAGCAUGGAGCUGGAUGUCCUGAGCCAACAUGAGGAAGACCCCUCUAAAGACUUGUAUGCCCAGGUGAAGCCCUCGAGACUCAGAAGGACAGAGAUCACCUAUUCUUCUUUCAAUCCAAAGGAAUUAUUGGCCUCCAAUGACACACAGUCAAAAGGAAAUCAAGUGAUAGAUGAGCAGGCUGCUACAACAGAGGAGCCACAUGAUGUGACCUAUGCCCAGCUGUGCAUUGUGACCCCAAGACAAGGACAUGUGAACCUCCCACCUUCCAGGCAGAAAAGUCCAACCUGAGAUUAUACUUUGGCCUCUACCAAUCCUGGGAGAUCACACUCUGCGUCAUCCAGAAUGAAUCUCAGCUGAACUGCUGCUCAAAGCCUAAAAGCUUAACCAGCCAAAUGCUUCUAGUUUCUGGU